AUGAGCACGCAUCCCGCUGUGGUGACCGUUGGCCCAGGUCUGCCGCUGGAAGUGCAUCAGGUCCCGACUACAGCACCAACUGCAAACGAAGUUCGAGUUCGAUGUGAAUGGACUGCCUCGACGCCCCUGGACUUACACCAAGCUGACGGCGGACUUCUGGUCAAACAUCCGCAGAUAUUAGGCGACGGUGUUGCUGGCACUGUCGUUGAAAUUGGACCUGAUGUCACCAAAUUGAAGGUUGGGGACAAAGUCUUUGGCUUCACCUGGCGUACCCCAGCCGAGAAAGCACAUCAGGAAUACGUAGUUGCGCCAGAGUUCUUGUUCGGCAAGAUUCCCCCCAAUGUCACAAUGCAGCAGGCAGUGACAGUCCCCAACAACUUUGUGACCGCAUGGCACACCUUUACAAAGGAUUUCGGCUUCGAAUUGCCCUGGCCGAAACCGGAGGGAUAUACGCCAAGGGAGAGGGAUUCGUGGAUAUUGAUUUGGGGCGGAAGUUCCAGUGUGGGACAGUACGCCUUACAAAUCUUGAAGUGGUAUGGAUAUGGCAACAUCGUUACAACGGCUGGCCCGAAGCAUCAUACGAAAUUACGUGGCUACGGCGCAGCUGAGUGUUUCGACUAUCGUGAUCCAGGAAUCGAGCAGAAACUUACCGCCCUCACGGAUGCCCAAACCGGAUCUAGUGGGUUCCAUUUCAUCCUCGACUGUAUUGGCAGCCUGGAUGGCAGCGUGGUGCCCAUAUCACGAAUUGUGAGGCCACAAACCGGCACAAAAGUCGCGAUUCUCCUGCCAAUCAUCGUAAAAGACGCCGCUGAGGGAGUGCAACCGAUAUACGAGAUGGAUGUAAACAAGGCGGCCCGGUGGCCGCAAGGAGUGCAAGCGGUGGGCGUUCGAACGCACUAUUACUUGGAGAACAAGUUCCUGGCGGAACAUCUGCAGAGCGAAAUCAUGCCUGAAUGUCUCGCCAAAGGUAUUAUCGAAGCAAAUGAGCAGGUUAUUGUCGAAGGCGAAACAACGUUACAGAGGGCGGAAAAGGCGUUGAAGAUGUUACGGGAGAAGAAGGUCAGCGGUGCCAGAUUGGUGUGGCGAGUCUCAGAUGGAGUAUGA